AUGGAGUCGGACUGCAGAAUAAUACUAGACGACGGAGCGAAGAUCGAUGGCAUUACUAUCGGCGCUCCCAAGGCGAAACUGGGGCUUGGAGGCCUUCUUCAGCACGAUAUAUCCUUACGCUUCCUCUCGGUCGUGGACAUCCAGCGCAUUCCUUUGCACAUCGCAUUAGGCAGUCCGUCCCGGGUGUAUACAUCACACGAGGAGACGCAAACUUGGUUCCGCGAUGCACUUCUACGGACACAACCCGAUGAUCCAACCCGUCCAUGGUGGGAAGUGGUAUCAACGGACUCUCCACCAGGGAUUCUGGUCGCUGUGCCUCAAAUUGAUGAUGAUGGCCAGCCCAAGGCGCCUCGAGUGACGGAACUUCUCUUCUAUGUGUCUAACGUGGAGGCUCGACAAUGUCCACCCACUCCGCCACCCUCCUCCCCUUCCAUUACAGCUGUCGACGAAGGGAAGCCACGGCCUGGUAGUGAACUGAAACUAUUCGCUUUACCGCUCUCCUCCGAUCUACUUUACCGCCCUCCUGAGGAUGGUCCGUCACCGCCAGCAUCGCCCACUGCCGAGAAGACUGAGAUUGAGGCAAAGUUCCUGCCUCCAGCGUUCGCGCCCGUCGAAGCACCUGUCCAUCAACCACCAGUUCGCAAGCGGAAAAGCGCUAACGACGUCUUCGACGAAGCCAAUGAACGGCGGAAGAAGGCUCGACGAAAGGGAGGAGAAGGUGUCUCUGCCGCCGCCGCCAAUCGAACAACCGAUUCACAGAUUCCAACUCUACAGCAUCGGCGUUCUGGCAGCAUUUCCCUGCAGUCGAGGCCCCACUCGCGGUCUCCGAGCCUGGGACCGUCCAGACCUGCAACAGCUGCCCAGCCCGCACCGAAGAAGUCCACACUCUCGCGUGUACAAAGUGUGAACAAUCUGCACGAUGCUACCACCGACAUCGAAAGCAAGAACAAAGAUGCCAUUUCCCGCAUUGUCAUGGCAGGCAUGCGUCUGUACGGGCUUUCGCAGAGCAAAGGUCGGAGAUCACGAAGCGACUCUACAGCUUCUUCGCCUGCCGUAGACACGACGUUUGAGGAACGCGAAGCCACUCGCAAGAACGACGAGGAGUUCAAGCUCAUAUACCACCAGGUGUACAAAGGCACUUGCUUCGCUUUCCGAGCUUCAAUCGCGGACAAGGCGUUGCAGCCCUUGACAGACGCCGUCAGGGAUGUUGCGGACAAGUUGCUGUCGAUCUUCUGUCAAGACCCGCUGGACACUGGCGGAGGGUUCGGCGGUGUACGCGAGGAAACCGACGGCAAAUUCAAUCAGUUUGAUUCACCUACUCCUCAAUCUAAAAGAGGAGUAGCAUGA